AUGACAAGUAAGACCAUCGUGGAGCGCAUGACGGGACUUGGGGGGGUGUCAGAGCUGCAGAAAGACAGACGGACGGCGCUUAAAGAAGCCAGGAGGUACUGGCGGGUGCAUUUUUCAGCUGAGCAGCGAGAUAAAAUCGACGACGACGAGGGACAGGCACCAUCGCUCGCCGACAUCCUGUCGUCCAGUGCCAGUCCUCUGUUCGCUGCAUCCUUACCCACUCCUCUCGUCGACUUGGAGACGGACGCCCGACCUGGUCCCAUUCAAAACUCCUCCGUCUCCUCCGUCUCCUCCGUCUCCUCCCUCACCUCCCUCACCUCCCUCACCUCAAUCAAUCCUUCUCUUUCCUCUCCUCCGUCUCCUCCCUCACCUCAAUCAAUCCUUCUCCUUCUCCUUCCUCUCCUCCCUCUCCCCUCUCUCCUUCCCACCGCCGGCCAGCCCGUCAACCUCCCAAUCGACAAAGAAGGAUACCUUCCUAUGGGAACUGCGAUAUCGACGACGACCACCACACCGUCCGACAAGACCGGCCGACAAGACGACAUCAAUUCCACCCAAGACCGGCCGCCACAAACGACCCCCUACAUCGACCGCCACGCCCAAUUCCUACCAUAUACGACCCCGAAACCGUCCCCGACCUUCCCCACAGUAUCUAGCUCAACGACCUACCCACAAGCAUCAAUGUCUGAGACGUUGAUUCAAUAA